AUGGCUUGGAGAUCUUCAUGGCUCGGCAGUGUCCGUCGCACUGGUUUAGGGUAUUUCCAUACGGUGCUGCAGGAAUUGGAUGGACAGUUUGGCAGCCACAUCCAUCCAGCUUCAAGGACCGCGCAUCAACACGGCCCCCGCCAUCUUCCCCCGCGUCCUCAGCUCGGCGCCGGCCCCUUCAGGCAUCAACAGAAACUGCAGCCGAAAGCCAAGGCCCCUCUCGCAGUUGUCCCAGCUGUUUCUGUAUGCUCCGUGCGCUACAAAGACAUCGCCGCGCAACCCUGGCCCGGUGAGACACAUCUCCAUUCCCAGCUCGCGCAACUGUCGGCCAACCUCGCCGACACAGAGAACCUCCUGCGGAUGACUAGCGUGCAGGCCGAGUGCAUGCGCGGCCUGGGGAGUUGGCAUGGCGGAUUGUUCAUGGCCGCGAGUAAGGUCCUUGGCGAGGAGUCUGUCAAGGAGCAGACGCAGCAGCCGGGCAACGGUGGACAGAAGUGA